AUGAGCACCUACAACCCUCCCACACUCCUGCAGCUGGCACUGGAGGGGGUGGUGAGGAAGGAUUCCAUAGACUUCUCUAAUCUGGAGGACCUGCCCAUCACGCUCUUCCCACCACUCUUCAUAAAGGCCUUCAAUAGCAGACACACAGAGAUAAUAAAGAAAAUGGUGGCAACCUGGCCCUUUCCCUGCCUCCCUGUGGGGGCACUGCUUAAAACCGCUGGUGUGGAGAUGCUGCAAGCUGUGCUCAAUGGCAUAGAUAUACUGCUGACACAGAAUGUUAGUCUCAGAAGGAAGCUUCAAGUUGUGGAUUUGAGAGAUUUGCACCACGAUUUCUGGGAUGUAUGGACUGGAAAAAACAAUGGAAUCCACUCAGCAGAGAAAGGGAGAAAGGAGCAAAUUUCGAAACGCAUACCUAAAUAUGCACUGAGGAGGCGUUUGAAGGUGGUCACUGACCUGAGCCUCUUCUUCUCUCUCAACAAAGACCAAACAUGCUUUCUACAAUGGGCCCAGCAGAGAAACGAGUAUGUGAGGCUAUGCUGUCUGAAAAUGAAUAUUAUUGCCUUCCCAGUGGAGAUUAUUAAAUGGAUCUUGAACAUUUUUCAUCCAAACUAUAUUGAGGAAUUGGAAAUACACACAAAUCAGGUCCUAUCCUUUCUAAGUUGCUUUGCUCCUUGCUUUGGCCAGAUGAGAAAUCUUCUCAGAUUCCAUCUAUGUCAAAUGUACUUGAUGUCAGGUAGUGGUGUGUAUAGAUUUGCAGAGGUAAAAAAAGGUGCUGCCAAAUUCCUUUCUCAAUUCUCCAAACUCAAGUGUCUCCAGCAUCUCUCCAUGAAUGGUGACUACUUUUCCAGGGACCACAUGAAACACUUGUUCAGAUGCCUGAAGAGCCCCUUGGAGUCCUUGUCUAUGAAUCGCUGCCAACUCUCAAAGUCAGACUUCAAACACAUGUCAGACUGUCAGAGGCUCUAUCAAUUGAAACAUCUGCAAUUCCAUGGUGUAGAGUUUCCCAAGUCAGGUUUCAAGAGUCUCCAAAUUCUCCUAAAGAAUGUAUCUGAAACUCUGCAGACCCUGAAGUUUGAGCACUGCAAGAUGAAUGACUCUCAACUCAAAGUCCUCUUGCCUGCCCUGAGCCAGUGCUCACAACUCACCAUGGUCAAUUUCUGUGACAAUGACUUCUCCAAUCUUGUACUGAAAGACCUUCUGAAAUGCAUGGCCAAUCUAAGUAAGUUGUGUGUGGAGCAGUACCCUGCCCCUCUAGAGUGCUAUGAUCACCGGCGUAAUGUUGUGGUAGAGGAAUUUGUCCAACUGUGUUCUGACCUCAUGGAUAUACUUAUAGCCAAAAGGCAGCCCAAGACAAUCAUCUUUGCUACAGACACCUGCUCUCAUUGUUUGAGGCGCUGCAUCUAUGGCAGGAAGACUAGCCUUUGCCUUUGUUGGCAGCAAAGAGAAGUUUGA